GGCGGCGCUAAAUUGUGAGAACCUACGAGUAUAACCUAUUGAGAUCCGCAUAGUCCUCGCUUGACAGUGACAGCGCUUUCUAUUCUAUAUACUCCAGUUAGAGAGCGUUGCAAGUUCCGUCUGUUGGUCUGCUUCCGUCUGUCAAUUGAUUAGCUGUAAUGGCUAUCCUGUAUAUAUCGUGAUCGAGUUCAAACCAAUCAAACCAAUCAGUGUUUCAAUUUUGAUAUUGAAAGACGUGCAAAAAGGAUCAACGGAUAUGGUUCAACAAUAUCAGUCGCCUGUGCGAGUUUACAAGCACUCGUUCGCUCUUGUCAUGAUGGCGUACGAGCGCAGGUUUCCAACAUGUCCACAAAUACCAGUUUUUGUCGGAUGUGAAGUCAUGCAGGAUGAGGAGAGCAAGGAUGGUGCUGUUAGAAUCACGGAAAGACGAUGUAAAUUAAAUGUCGAGGCACCUUAUAUCUUGAAAAAGAUAAUUGGGGUGGAUUUUGUAUAUUUUAUUCAAAAGAACGUUUUAGAUAGGCGCAAUAAUAUUUUAGAAAUAGAAGCGUACAAUGAAAGCUUUGCUACUAGAGUAACUGUUAUUGAAAAAUGCAGAUAUUUUAUUCAUCCUGAAAAUCCAGAAUGGACUUGCUUUGAACAAACAGCUAGUUUAGAUAUCAAAAAUUUCUUUGGCUUUGAAAACUCAAUGGAAAAAUUAGCAAUGAAGCAAUAUGCUCAAAAUAUUGCCAAGGGUAAGGAAAUCAUCGAAUACUUUAUAAACCAAUUGAAAGAAGAAGGCAUUACUUACGUGUCCGCUUGGAAGGCUCCACAGGAAGGAUCUCCCGAGGAGGAAAAGAAAAAUGUGGACGAAAAUAAUGAAAUGUAUAGUGACAAAGAAUUAUGUAAUGCCGACAGCAAACUGCCCAGCAACAGAGAGAUGCAGUUAUCCUCGGAUUAUAUAGAGAGAUAUUUAGGAAAACUAGAUAUGAUGCAGGAAAGUAAAUUAGUGCAACUUAGACACAGUAUAGAGGAAUUGAGGGGAAGUUCAGUGCCGGGUUACGCAACACUCCUACGGUUUCUCAGGGCGACGGAAUUCUCAGUUGAAAAGGCCAGGGAAAUGUUAACACAGUCCUUACAUUGGAGGAAGAAGCAUCAGAUCGAUAAGCUUCUCGAUGAAUAUGAAAUGCCACAAGUAAUUAAAGAUUACUUUCCUGGUGGCUGGCAUCACUUUGACAAAGAUGGACGACCUUUAUACAUCCUAAGACUCGGUCAAAUGGACGUUAAAGGUUUACUUAAAUCGAUUGGCGAGGACGAAUUGUUAUUACUAGCUCUACAUAUCUGUGAGGAAGGUUUACACUUGAUGGAAGAAGCAACUACCGUUUGGGAGCAUCCAGUUUCUCAGUGGACUCUGUUGAUAGAUCUAGAAGGUUUAAACAUGCGACAUUUAUGGAGACCUGGAAUAAAGGCAUUGUUGAGAAUAAUAGAGAUAGUCGAAGCGAAUUAUCCAGAAACAAUGGGAAGGGUCUUAAUUAUACGUGCUCCCAGAUGUUUUCCUAUUUUAUGGACGCUCAUCAGCACUUUUAUUAACGAAAAUACUAGGAAAAAGUUUAUUUUCUAUUGCGGUACUGACUACCAGGAACAGGGAUCUGGGGGUCUUAAUGAAUAUAUUAAUCAAGAAUAUAUUCCUGAUUUUCUAGGUGGCUCCUCAGAGGAAAUGAAUGUAUGCGAAGUCUAUAAUAUGGUACCUCGAAGAUAUUACAUUUUCGACGCAACUGUGAGCAGCAUAUACAUAAUGGAAGGUGGAGUGGUUCCGAAAAACUUGUACAGAAUGGACUUGGAAGGUACUUCCGGUGAACACGAGCAUAGCCUGUAUCACUCCAUCAGCCUGAGUCGUGGCCAAACUCACCAUGUGUUCAUAGAGUCGGAUGAUCCAGGCGCUGUACUCACCUGGGAUUUUGACGUAAUGCGGCAUAACGUCGUGUUUACGGUGCUUCACAAAUCGCGAAACAGCGAAAAUGGUGCGCUCCCAGAAGUCCCGGAGCUUGCAAUAGGUGGCGAUCACGAGAUUGUUGCUACAAAAGAGCUGAAAGAUAAUUACAUGAAAGUUGAACCCAGUAUAAUUUGUCACGAUGGCGAGAGCAUCCAAGGAACUCACAUUAUGCAAGAUACCGGUACUUACGUGUUACAAUGGCAGAAUCAAGAUGACCAAGCUGAAUUUCUUCCAUCUAUCAGUUCUCACAAGGCUCAACUUAUGUACUUUUAUGAGACCUUGCCAUCUGCACAUUAUAGGGGUUCAAUGAUGAGUUUGCAGUCUGCUAUAAGUGGAAGAUCAGAGGCCAGCUCGUCUCUAUCCAGAUGAAAAGCGAUGAGUAUGAACGCCGAGAUACAGGAGACAACAAAUUACUGUCCAUCUCCCGAUAUAAAAUUUUAACGACAUGUUGAGAAUACACGAAUCUCUCUUUUGUGUUUUACGGGAUGAUGGGGUUUAGUUACAAUUUAACUUAAUUUAGCGAAAUUUAAAUUAGUUGAUCUAACAUUUUAACUUUUUUUGACGCGAUCUUCUACAAAUCUACACACAUCACGAAUAGAAGUAUAGUAGGAAUCCAGAUAUCAAGCCUAAAAUACUCAUCUUGAUAGUUACACCAGUGUUAUCGCUGUUAUGAACAAUAUUACAGCUGUUAAACAAUAAUACAGUGUAUAAUAAUGUUGUCUGUUUAAACAUUAUUUUUCAUAUAAAGAUGAAUUUGAUGAAAUUUAUAGUAUAAAAUCUUGUACAUUUUACAUAGGACAUAGUAUAAGGAACACGCAAGAGCACGUAAUAAUUUCCAGCUCCAAGGUAAACAGCAGCAGGUAUAUUGCAAUUUAACAAUUUUGCAAUCGCGUGGUGAAUAUUCCUUUACAGAUACAGAUACCACCAGUUUGGAGAUGUAACAAAAAGAAAGCUGGUAACAUAAAAUGCUCUUCUUUCGUAAAACUAUAAAAAUCGUAUCAAGUAGAUGCUAAAACUACUACCAUUACAUAACUUUAGUUUUACUUUCAAGAAAAAGGCAUACUCUCAAACCAAGCAAUUUUUAUAGUAUUAUAUAUAACAAAACAUUCCACUACUAUAAUAAUAAUAAUAACACAAAACACUUGUUACAGUUAUGUUACAGUUAGAUCAUGUUUUAUUUAUCAUCUUUAUGGAUCUUUUAAUGUAACAUGUAAGAUUAACAAGACUCUAUCAGAACAGGUUAUAAGGUUUCUUACUUAAUCUAUUACUCUUAUGUCUUUUCUUUACACGUGAUGUAUCGUUUAAGAUUUAAGUUGAAUUAAAUUAUAAGAGAUGAGUCCAUGUUUCGAAUUCUAGAUAAAAACAGCUGCCUAAACAAUGAUAAAAGUAAAUUUAAUUUAUCAUGUGCCAACAAAUAAUCAUAUUAAUAUUGAAAUAUAUUUUCACUACAAGUAUCACAAGUAUAAGAGUAAGAGAAAACGAAUUUUGAGAUAUCAUAGUACAAUAUACCGCUAGAUACAAUACAAUACACUUUGAUACACAUUCACAUAAAAUGUGAAUGAGCAAUAAAAUAUAUUUUAGUAUCUGUUAUUGUUAAUUUUCAGCUAGCCUACAAGAAUCCAUUAAUUUUAGAGACAUGUAACAUUUGUAUAAAUGACAAAGAUUAUUAUGUGAUUAUACAUAUAAACAUUAUAAACUGACAAAGGUUAAUUAAUCUGAAAAUGCAGGCAGGAUACACAUGGAAAGACAAACAUUGUAAAUAAUUAUAGUCAAUUACAGUGAAUAAUGUGAGAACAACUUUAAGAAUGCUCAUACAUAUAUAUACUUUUCAUGGUAGACACUGUAUCAAAAUAUACAAACAGGGGAAGCUUUUCUAUAAGAAAUUGCCUUUAAUCGUCAAGAUAUGAUUUGUGAGAUAUAAUAAGUGCUUUAUUUAUUAAUCAAUUGUACGAUCGAAUGGAAAUAUUCUUCCAAUGUAUUCUUAAGAGAUUCCGUCUUGAUGUGCUUAUUGGAUGCAAUUAAUAUAUAAUAGUUCAAGUAAAGAAACAACGUAUUUUUCAAAUUGAGAUUUUUAGAAUAAGCACAGAACGGGAGCGUUUUUACUAAAUUAGCGCAUCAAGUUGCGUAAUGGCCGGCCAAUUACGGAAUAAUGUUGGAGAGUUAACUAAAAAUGCCGCAUUUAUCAUCAUCAAGAUGCAAUUCGCUAUUUUGAAAUUGCACAAGCAACAUGUGCAAAGUGUGUAGCGGAUUACAUCGAGAAGUAAACUAUGUGUGUGCAUUGCUACAAUUUAUCUUGUUUGGAUAGAGAGAGAGAGAGAGAGAGAGAGAGAGAGAGAGAGAGAGAGAUUUCUAGAAACUUAUUAGUACGUGAUAACGCAUACAUUAACUUUUUAGUACGAGGGUAAGAACACGUCGCUGAUUUUAAGUAUCACGUAAUGUAGCGAUAUAUAGCUAGUAGUAUUGUUAUUUCUAUUAUCAUCGCAUGAAAUGUUUCAGGUUUGAAUAAAAUUCAAAGGGAUUUAUUCAA